AGCUGUCUUUAGUGAAGUGACUUGUAUGGAUGAAAUGAGGUUGAGGUGUUUGGUUUGAAGGUCGACCAUUUUCCGAACAGUGGGUAACGUUAGGCCUAAUGUUAGGGGGGGCUUUGGGAUGGUGGUGUUACUGUUGUUAGGUGUGACCAUGGUACAUGUACCAGGAGCGUUUUCUUUUGGUGGAAAGAGCUACAUGCACGGACAUCGCUAAUAUUUUCCUUCAAUGAACUGAGCGUCCUUCAAGGUGGAACGCUGACGCUGUUGAUGUCAUGACCAACCAGAGAGCAGGGAGGCCUUCGGUGGCCCAGAGCUGCCGGACUGGACUGGGAUUCUUGAAGUUCCUCCAGGAGAGCGAGCGGGGAGAUGUGGACGACAAGGAACAGAUGAAGAGGGUCUUUCUGAAAGAGUUCAAGCCAACACUUGAGAAAGGGGGAGUAGGUUUCAAUUUCUCAUCUAUCCUUUAUGCUCUGAAGACAAAUGGGAAGAUCCGAGUCAAGGACGGCCGUGUGGAGAUCUUGAAAGGCUUCCUGGCUGUGGACCAGUACGUGACCCUCAAGAAGCACACCCUCGACCAGAAGGAGCAAGCCAGGGCCACCCCUGGGGAUCGGAGGGUCGGAGGCGGGGCAAGGGGCAAGUCGGGGGAGGGGAAUGAGCCGUACCCGUUCUAUUGCGAGGAGUGCGGGGUGCGGGGGAACUCCCACCAGUCCUUCAACGGCCACCUGCAGGGUACCAGGCACCGGCAGCAGAUGAUCCUGAAGUGUGUCAAGAGGAGCAGGUCAAAGUUCAUUGAGAACAAAAAUGGCAUUGAGAUUACCAGUCAGCAGGACGGUCAUGACGGGAUAAUAGCCCUGAAGUCGACGCAGGGCACUGGCCAAAAGUUGAGCGUCACUGUCAAGAACAGAAGUGACAGGGACACCAUUGCGUUCCUCUCCUGCGUGUUUUUGAAAGUGCAGCCAGCCUUUGUACUGACCGACGAGUACGAGGUCAGUCAGUCCAAAAGAGUCGUGCACCUGAAACCUGGGAGCGAGUACAGUCUUCAGGUGGCCGUUGAGAGUGACUCUGUUGGAAUUCUCAGCAGCCCGCUGAUAUUCGCCUUCAAGGACGUCACAUCCAACGAGGUGUUCCACAUUCUUCGCUUUGUGACAGUAGAGGUGACUAGUGAGAUAGCUGAGGACCUACCACCCUCUGUCCCCUAUCAACGCCCUCCAAGAAUAUCCAGACGGGAGCCAAAGGGAGAGAUUGUCGAGGGGAUCCAACUACCACAGUCGUCGAAAAGCAAACUCAAACUGAAGGAAAUCAAGCAGUACUCGAUACCGAACCACCUCCGCUGGAUGCUGAACAACAAGAACCAAGUAGAAGGAAUCAGGAAGGACAUCAAGCCGGACCUGGCCUGGUCCAACUACAGCCACAAGCUGACCACCCUGCUGCACAUUGAGGAGUGCCAGAUGGAGGUGGACAUCAAGCGCUAUGACAUGAGAGGGGUGGCCAUGAGGCAAGAUGGGCGGUUCCUCCGACUCGAAAUCCCGGGUCUCGCUGAGAAUCGCCCCUCUGUUCUCAAAGGGGACCACCUCUUUGCCCGGCCCAGUGGCGACCCGGCAGGCAGCAAGACCUUCAAGGGCUAUGUCCACCGUGUAGAGAUGGAGGAAGUCGUACUGGGUUUCUCCAAGGAACUGAUUGAUAAGUUUGUCAAGGGGCUCAAGUUCGACAUCGAGUUCACCUUUAAUCGCCUCCCCCUUCGCUUCCAGCACAACGCCCUAGACGACGCCACAAUCCACGACAUGAAGAGGGCACUGUUCCCUCUGCGCUCUGACAUCGGAACCAAGAAGGAACUCUGCAGCGUACGUGAGGAUACUGGGGAGUUUGCCGGACAGUUCUUUGACAAGAAGCUCGCCAGUAACAUUGAGCAGAUCAAGGCCGUCCAGCACAUUGUGAGGGGAACCUCCCGCCCCGCCCCUUAUCUCGUCUUCGGUCCUCCGGGCACCGGUAAAACCGUAACCAUUGUUGAGGCAAUCAAACAGGUUUACAGUCAGAUGCGCGGUAGUCGCAUUUUAGCCUGUGCACCUUCAAACAGUGCUGCGGAUCUCAUAGCAACCAGACUGCUGACAGGCGGGACUCCAAUCGCCAAGACGACCAUCAUGAGGAUGAAUGCCCAAAGUCGGGACUGGAGAAGUGUGGCCGAAAUUUUGAAGGAGAAGGACGUUUGCAACUAUGACAAGCAAGGAUCCAGAGAUACAUUCUACCCUCCGAAGGAGGAACUCGUGGACAAGAGAAUUUUGGUCACAACGCUCUGCACAGCUGGAAGGCUGGCCACUGCUAAGGACUUCCCCUACGACCACUUCACCCACGUCUUCAUCGACGAGGCGGGCCACGCUGUGGAGCCAGAAGCCAUUAUAUCCCUGGCCAACCUCCUGAACCCGAACAACCCCCGUGGAGGUCAGGUGGUUCUGGCUGGUGACCCCAAGCAGCUAGGACCCAUCCUCAGGUCACCGCUGGCCAUAGAACACGGAUUGGGUCUGUCCCUGCUGGAGCGGCUGAUGACAGAGUCCAGCCCCUACCAGCGACAGGAAGAGGAGCCGCGUUACGACAGUCGGGUGCUGACCAAGCUGCUACGUAACUACCGCUCCCAUCCGGCCAUCCUCAAACUGCCCAAUCAGAUGUUCUAUGAAAAUGAGCUGGAGGUCCACGCGGACGAGAUGGUUCGGAACUCGCUGUGCAGCUGGAGCAAGCUACCACAGAAGGACUUUCCCAUUCUGUUCCACGGGGUAGAAGGUAAGGACGAGCGAGAGGGGCAGAGCCCGUCUUUCUUCAACUCGGCCGAGGUGACAGUGGUCGUGGAGUAUGUGGAAGACUUGCUGGCCAAGCGAGGGGGGCGGAAAAUCAAGGAAUCGGACAUUGGAAUUAUCUCACCCUAUCGUCGUCAGGUGCAAAAGCUGCAGGCAGUUUUGAGGAAGCGUCACCACAGCGACAUCAAGGUGGGCUCGGUUGAAGAGUUCCAGGGUCAGGAGAGACUGGUCAUCAUCGUGUCCACCGUCCGCAGUACCAAACCAGAACACAUCCAGAUGGACAUUGAUUACAAGCUGGGCUUCGUCAAAAAUCCAAAGAGACUGAACGUGGCCAUCACUCGUGCCAAAGCCCUGCUGGUGUUGGUCGGUAACCCCUACAUGCUUAGCAAGGACGAAUGCUGGAAUAAGUUUCUGCAGUACUGCUUGGAGAAUAACGCAUACACGGGAUGCCACUUUGAAGAGGACGAAGAUGCCCUGGAAGAUAUCAUCCAGAAAAUGGACACUCUCAAAAUCAGUGAUUUAGUGGACAAACCGGAAGGCGGAGAGGAUCAAGGCGUCAGUGCCGUGGCAGAGCAGAUGGACCCUGAAUGGAGGGGGGACAUGUGAGCCAAGAAGAUGGGGCACCAACUCGUGUGAACACUGCUGGGUGGGUGCCUCCAAUGGUUCUCCUUCCAGAUGUCGCAUCAGGGUUCUAGGUGUCAGCUUCUUCGAUACUUGUCCUUCUUGAAGGGAAGUUACGAAAUACCAUUCCAAAAAUUCUGAAAUUGGCGAUCUUUACAUUUCUGUUUGUCUCCAAUGUUUGUUAAAUUUUCGUCGGUGGAAUUGUUCUGCCUAGUCGGAAUUCACUUUUUAAAUACUUUUUUAAAAAUUGCACUUAUAUUUGACUAAUCAAUUUUUAAAACUUUACAAAUAAAUUGAAUGCACUGAUUCUAUCAAAAUAUGUGCUUUAUUUGCAAAACUUGCCUGAAAUAUUACAGUAGAUUUUUCGAAACUCCCAAAGAACCUUAGGAAACAUGUAGUGGCCCACAAUAAAAGAGAGAUUUUCUAGGGUGGAAUCAUUCUUUAUUUCUGCAAACAUUGAAGUUGGAUAUCAACCAGAUACAUCAACCUUUAAUAGUCUUAUUUUCAAAGCUAAAGGAGUAACACCUCGAGUACAUUAGCUUUUGUCCUUUUCGUUUUGUCAUCUUCAUGUGGCUUGUAAAUACUUUGUAAAUUCUUUACUUUUACUAUAUUUUCUCUCUUUUUUAACUUGAACUCAUCUUUUUACAUAGUUUUAAGUAGAAAGCCCCAAGUCCUUCUUUAGAGAGCCCCUUAAUGCCCUGAAAGUUUACAUACCCAGUGAAUCAGUGCCACAUUCUUUACAUCUUCAUACCAAUGGGGAUCUGAGCUUUCAUCUGUACUUUUGGCCCGAUCUCCAUCAUCAGUUUCAGUCAUAGUGCAAACCAAAUGAAAAUUCCUGAAAUCUUGGCCCGAUAUUGGACAGACGGAGAUGGUCGUAUGGCUGAGAUGAGAGCUGCGUUGAGCCUCAGAGGGUCUCAAUGAAGUAGACCGAAUUCAUAAAAUUGAUGGCCAAAGCCCCGAUGGAGGGUGUCGGCAGAUCAAGGAUAGGUUUGGGUAAAAAAAAAAGAGCAAUACUGAAUAUUAACUGGAGAUGCAUUUUAUGGUAAGUUUUUCUGUUUACUGUAUUUGGGUACUGGAAGUUGUUCUUAAAUUGCUGCCAUCUGUGAUACAACCAUUUAGAAUAUUCUGCCGGAACAUGGAGUAGUCUUUUAAAUUUUGGGGGUCAAAGUGUGGUAUAUUUUACAAUAUACUUUUUUUCUGAAUCAAGAAUGCCUCUUUUAUGACGAUUAGUUCAAAUCUUGCCAGGUAAUCUCUCCAGGCCUUGAAGCAAGGUUUGAAAGUACUGCAAGGAUUGCAUUGACUGUUUUUUGGGGGUGGAGGGGUGGAGGUGGUGAAUUCAGCCUUAAAUCUGUGCAACUUGAAUUUUUUUGCUAUAAAACUGGAAAGGUAAUUCAUCAAUUACCAAGCGACUCUUGGACAAUAGAAAAGACUUGCAUUUGUAAUUUUGCAUUUAAUUUGCCCACUGACAUUGUCAGACUAUUUUUCCCCAUCUAAUUUGCAUGGCUGCUCAAGACGAAUAUGGAAGUAAAAUCCUUCUCCAUAAACCGUGUUAAUUUACCUCGAUUUCCUAUCGUUGUGGUGAAUAUUCAAUAUAUAUAUAUUUUUAUAACAUUUGCCAUUCUCUGAUGAAGAAUUAGUUCGGAAUACUUUUGAUGUGUUGGAAUAAAAUGGAAUUAAAAUGUCAUCAAAA